AUGAGUAAGGCGUUGAAUCAAAUCUCUAAAUCACCUUUCACGCGCAAGAUGGAAGGGGCAAAACUUCCUCGGCGAUUCCAUCAACCCACAUUCACCAUUUACAAUGGUCGAACAGACCUUGUAGAAAAUGUGAGUAGGGAACCUCAGCCUUUGGACUUACUAUUGUCCUUAUCCAUGCGAGAGGAGAAGACCUUGAAAACGUACUCAGAUAGAUAUUGGGAGAUGUAUAAUGAGAUAGAUGGUGACUUUGAAGACGUGGCCAUCAGUACUAUUCAGAUUGAUAAAUACAAAAGGGUUGAGGAAGACCAACAGCAAGGGAAAGGUAAAGGUAAAGCGAAGGUUAUCCCUCAAGGCAGAAGGGAUUUCAAGUCGGACCGAUUCAAUAAUAACCGACCUCGGAGAGAUUUCGCUGGACAGUCAGGGUCUGCCAACACUCAGGCAGUUAAUGCUGUGUUUCGAGAGCCAGUGCACCAGGUACUAGAAAAGAUUAAGAAUGACUCAUUCUUCAAAUGGCCAAAUAAGAUGGCAGGAAAUCCCAUGAGACACAACCAGAGCCUUUAUUGCCACUACCACCAAGACCAGGGACAUACCACCGAAGACUGCAGAAAUUUGUGGAACCAUUUGGACCAACUAGUCCGAGAAGGAAAGUUUAAGCAGCUCUUGCAUCAUUCUAGUGGCCAAGGGAGCCAAGCAGAUUCAGAACCCUAA